CCGAUAUCAGCCAAUCAGAGUGCGAGCUCCAGUGCCUGUGCUCUUUUGUAGCUUUAUGGCUUAAUAUUAACAAUAAUCACAAAUUAAUAAGAUAUUUAAAAGCUUCACGCGUAAUACAAUACUGAUUAUUUUAAAAAAGUAUUCUGCCUUAUCUCCUUUUUCUGUCCAAAUGGAGGCGAGUUAAAGCGCCGAGAGGGAGUUAGCAUCAGAAGCUAACGCGGCUAACGACUGAUUCAUUGUUUUAUGCUAAAGUUUUACUCUUUUACUGCGUUUAAACUGUGAUUCCUGGAUACUAUGACGUCUGCAUCUGCAAAGGUGGGGGAGAUCUUCUCUGCAGCCGGAGCAGCCUUUUCUAAACUCGGAGAGCUGACCAUGCAACUGCACCCAGUGUCUGACUCCAGCCCCGCAGGGGCCAAAUGGACGGAAACGGAGAUCGAGAUGCUGCGUUUGGCCGUGAGACGAUUUGGAGACGAUCUGAACAACAUCAGCAGCGUCAUCAAAGAGAGGACCGUCGCUCAGAUCAAGUCGACGGUGAAGAGGAAACUGUACGAGGACAGCCGCGUGCCGCUCUCCGACGCUCAUAAGAAACCUGUGAAGAAAGCACCCGCCUUGCCGCCCGCCGCGCCCGCCGGAGCCAUGGCUGCGCCUGUCGCCCCGACUCCUCCAGCCCCCCCGCAGGUCACACAGCCCGCCCCCUCCCUCGCCCCGCCGCCCAUCAAGAAGCAGAAGACGGCGGACGUGACCCUGAGCGCGCUCAACGACGCCGACGUCAACUCUGACCUCGUCGACAUCGAAGGGCUCGACGCCAAAAAACUCGACUUUGACCAAGAAUCUCUGAACUUGGACUCCAGUCUCAUCAUGAACUCCAGUGACCUCCCGCUGCUCUCUCGCUGACCUCUGACCUUUGACCUCUGCUCUCCAGGGCCAAAUCCAAAACGAUUCCUUUUACAUCAGCUCUAGCUCCUCAGCUCGUCCAGGAUCGGCUGCAGUCUCACACCCUCCCGCCCUGGACUCAAGACUAGUUUUAUUUUUUAGUAUUUUAUUUAUCUUUUAGUUUGUGUUUUAUGUGUCUUAUUUUCUUCUACCCCGAUGCCCGUAUCGUAUCGCCCAAUAUCGAUCGAUUUUCGGCGAUAUUCUAAUAGUGUUGUCACGAUACAGCUUCCGAUACCACGAUGAUAAUAAAAAACAACAAAAAGAACAUUAUUUUCAACAUUAAAGGUGCACUGUGUAACUUUCUGGUCGGGGGUUUGUCGGUUUUAAAAGCAAAAAAAGUGUCUUGUCUACAAUUAUUUUAUAGCACAAUAAAUAUGAUCUGGGCAUCGUUACGUCCUUAGUAUAAAUUUGUGCGUCUGUAUUUAUUCAGUUUGAGGUGUUUUUGUUGCUCAAAUACACAGGAAAACCAAUUUUGACUGUGAGCCGCUCGUCUCCAUGGAGAUGAGUUUAAUGCCCUAAUACAGAACAUUCCAAAGCAAUAACGUCGGCUUAGGACUGAACCAGGUCUAAAGCAGGUCUGAACUGAAACUAAGUCUGGACUGAAAUCGGUCUAAAGCAGGACUAACACAUGGUUGUAGCAGGUCUAAAGCAGGACUAAGUGAGACUGGGUUCAGUGGUAUCUACAGCGUUUAUUGAGACUUUAUUUUUAUGAGGAACGAGACACAAACGCUUCAGAAAAAUACAAUGUGUGUUUUUUGUUUUUUUUUUAAUAUCAGAAAAUAGAAAUAUUUACAGAAAAAUACUGUUUAUGAUGUGCUUUUUCCCUUUAAUUCUGAGCCACACCUCACCCACAGAUCACCAGAACUCAACCAGGACUAAACUGGGACUAAAGAAGGACUAAACCAGAACUCAACCAGGACUAAACUGGUCUAAACUGGGACUAAAGAAGGACUAAACUGGUCUAAACUGGGACUAAAGGACUAAACCAGGACUAAACUGGUCUAAACUGGGACUAAAGAAGGACUGAACCAUGUCUAAACCAUGUCUAAACCAGGACUAAAGAAGGACUAAACCAAGUCUAAGCGAGGACUAAACCAGGACUAAACCAGGUCUAAACCAGGAGUAACCCAGGUCUAAAGCAGGUCUAAAACAGCACUAAACUGAUUCUUAACUGGGACUAAACCAGGACUAAACUGGGUCUAAGAGGAUCAGACCAGAAUCUCCAGAUUCCAGGGCUAUUUGAGUGAAAUGUGGCAUCCGUCUGAGAAGGAAAUACUUUGAAUAAUUAGAAUUUUUACACAAAUAAAAAUAGAAUUUGGCGAAGAUAAAGCUGAAGCGAAGCCGUUUACGACCGACUCAAAAUGUGCAAAAGACGCCAGAAAUACAAGUCCAUUUGGAAGUCUGUUUGGAUUCAACUGAAGAAAAGGGACACAGGGACUAAACCAGGUCUGAACCAGGUCUAAACCAGUUCAAAACCAGGUCUAAACCAAGACUAAACCAGGUCUAAACCAAGACUAAACCAGGACUACACCAGGUCUAAACCAGGACUAAACCAUUUUUAAACCAUUUUUAAACCAGUUCUAAAC